AUGGAGAGAACUUCACUGUCACCUGACUCCUCCGCACAAACAGAUCCCUCACCCACUGAACUGAGACUGGUGUUGGUAGGCAGGACAGGGGCCGGCAAGAGUGCAACAGGAAACACCAUAUUGGGCGGAAAGUAUUUCCACUCACAGCUGAGUAGAAGCUUGGUGACCAAAACAUGUCAGAGAGAGUGUGCCAUUGUACAAGGCAGAAAUCUGCUUGUGGUGGACACACCCGGUUUCUCCAACACUGUGCUAUCCCAGGAUGAUGUUCAACAGGAAGUGCAGAGGUGCCGUGAGCUGUUUUCACCAGGCCACCGGUCUGUGCUCCUGUUGAUCGUUCCUCUGGGACGCUUCACAGAGGAAGAACGCCAGGCAGUUAACACAAUCCAGCAACUCUUCAGUCGUGAAGUGUCCAGUUGCACCAUACUCGUUUUCACCCAUGCUGACAAGCUAAAUGGAGAAUCCAUCAAAGAUUUCAUUUCGAGACAGAGUCAAAGCAUCCAGGACCUGGUAAGAGAAUUCAGUCACGGAUUUGUAUCCAUCAACAACAAUAAGCCUGAAGAUGAAAGCCAAGUGGAUCAGCUGCUGAAGAUGGUUGAUCAUUUUGCCAACCCGCUGCGAAUAGUACUUGUGGGCAGAACAGGUACAGGGAAAAGUGCCACAGGAAACACCAUCCUGGGAAAAGACAGUUUCCGCUCAGAGUUCAGCAUGAGCUCUGUGACAGAAGAAUGCCAGAGAGAAAGUGCCACUGUGCAAGGGCGGAUCUGGUCUUGA